AGCUGGGUGAGGACCGCGUUACUGGCUUGCGUUUUAUAAGUGACGGGUAGCGCCAACAAAUCUUACGUUUUGUCGCCAAUAAUCCAUGAGAGAGUGUCUGCAGUGCCCCUGCUGUGAUAUGGAGAACUUGGAAGAGGACCUGACGUGCUCUGUGUGUUAUUCCCUCUUCACUGAUCCGAGAGUGCUCCCGUGCUCCCACACAUUCUGCAGGGCCUGCCUGGACAACGUGCUCCAAAUCUCUGCCAACUUCUCCAUCUGGCGCCCCCUUCGCCUUCCUCUCAAAUGCCCCAACUGCCGGACCAUAGUGGAGCUGCCCCAAAGUGGCGUGGAAGCCCUUCCCGUCAACGUGUGUCUCCGCGCCAUCGUCGAGAAAUACCAGCACGAGGGCCAGCCUCGUGUUCCCUCCUGCCCCGAGCACCCACGUCAGCCUCUCAACGUCUACUGCGUUCAAGACCGACAACUCGUAUGUGGCUUCUGCCUUACCAUUGGACAGCACCAGGGCCAUGCCAUCGACGACCUACAGACGGCGUACGUUAAAGAGCGCGACACGCCGGCCAAGCUCGUCGAACGCUUGACGGACAAGCGCUGGGAGGAGGUGUGCGGCUUGGUGGAGCAGCUGGAACAGGAGAAGUCCCGGCAGGAGGGCCUGGUGCGUCAGGACCGCGAGGCAGUCCUGCGGUUCUUCCAGGGCCUUGAGCGCCUUCUCGCACACAAGAAGGAGCUGUUCAUGAAAGCCUUAGCUGGGGCCAACACGCAGCUGGCCGGUGUCUAUGACCCGCUCAUCGAAAAGCUGAAAGACAUGAAGGAAGAGCAGCUAGACCUGAUCUCCCUGAGUGCGAGCAUCGAAGAUGAGGAGUCUCCACUUGCUUUCCUGGAAACGGUGCACCACCUGAGGGAAAGGGUGGAUGCCUUAACCAAGACGUCCCUGCCGGAGGUUCCCUGUGUCCAUAUCUCGCCCCAUGCAGAGGACUUCCUUGAGGAACACUGGGUGAACGUGACCAUCGGGCGGCUGGAGGACGGCCCUGUCCCCAAAGUCUCCUUCCACGUAAAAGCAUGCUCAGCAAAAGCCACACAGCCCAUGGUGCAGCGAGCGUGGUUCCGGUUUCAAACGCAGUCUUUGACUUACGUGACCUUUGUGGUGGUAGUGUUGCUGCUCCUCCUGCUCUUGUGGUUAAAUCCAGUGGGCGGAGCCUCCCUCGGGUUCUCCAUUCUUUCCCAGAUCAGCCAGGCAGUGGAAAGCUUAGUGGAUGAAGGGACCUCUUCACUCCACGAGUCGGGGACGUUUCUCUACCGCUUGCUUCGUGACCUCGGCCUCAGGUUUCGCUCGUAUAUUUCCGGUCUGGGAGAGAACACCUACCAGCUUCUGGUCUCUUCUUUUUCAAAAUAUUUCAGUUAUGCUAACUGACCAAAGAAUAGUCACUUGAAGCAUUUAGAUACAAAGUGCUGUACAGAACCUGACACGGAUGCCAUUGUGUGGCAGUGAAUUAUGCAUGAAUUCUAGCCAUCUGAACAGACUUGCUGGGGCAAACACAGGAGUUGCCAUUAAGUGUAGUAGUCCAUGUUCAUAGGUAGAGAUUCAGGGAAAUGUGUAGUUCUAACUAAUCAUGCAGCUUUAAAGAAAGUUUGUUGUAUAAACUCUGACCUUUUAUGAGUCACUUUCAUAGGACCUUGCUACUGAUGUUUUAUUCUACUUUAUAUUAACUUUUGCUACUAAAAUUUAAUACUGAAUAACUGUGUCCAGAUAUGUACUGAAUAAUCAUUCAUAAAGUCUUGACUGCAUUUUCUACUGAGCUUUCAGGAAUUACUAAAAUAGAGAUGUCAGACCAGCUGUGCUACUUGGAUCACACUGUGGACCUGAUAUAUUAGAAUUCCUUCUCCACAGCUUACGUGUGCCCAAAUUCAUUCAAACAGCAGACAAGAAGGAAUGGAAGGAUCGUUAAUUACCACACCCAGCACAGCCUCCCCCACUAUCUCGAGCACUGAAACAUGCAGCACCUCCAUGGCUUACCACUCACCUUAACCUCAACUCGGUGGAUUUAAGCCUUAAGAACCUCAGCAAAUUAAUUUUUAUUUAUUUAUUUUUAAUAAAACUCAACAUUUGGUUGAUGCAA